CUGUACUGCUGUCAGAAGAUGGAGGAAUUUUGUGAAAAUCAACGUAACCCGAACGAGCCAGCUAGACACUGGAAUGCUCGAAAACAGUUUAUUGUCAACAACUGGGACCGAUACCAUGGAAAUCAACUGGCUUCAUUGGCCAUGGUUUGGUUAAACAUUGAGUUUUAUGGAUGCACAUAUCCACCUGAAUUGAUGCAACGAGUGCAGGAAAUGGCCAAAGGCAUAACUCUAGAUGUCACACCCGUGGACGUUAAAAGCAAACCAACUAUCGCUGUGCGUACAUCUCAGCUAUUUGAUAAAUCCAAACCCAUACCAACACCAGAAGUGAUCUCAACGACCUCGGAACCAGUUGUGUGUAGACUAACAGCAAAAAGAGAAGGGAGUAGGUUCCAGAAAGCAGGAAAAAGACGGAUAGUACAGGAGACAGCAAACACGGAAUGUGUCAGACUUGACGAGAAAAGACGCAAGGAGAUGCCAUGCAGAGGAUGGUACACUGCUCUUGCCGACGGGGGUACCGUGGAAUUAGAACAGUCAAACUGCAAUGAUAUAGUGUGCCAAUCAAGAAACAUCAGCACACAUGACCCAAUUAUCUCAGCUUUAGCAGAAAACUUAAUUUGGGAACCCUAUACUACUAAGAAAAACCGUCGUGCCUCGUCACUGAGAAGACUCAACCCUGCCGCUAUGAAAGUGCCACUCAAGAGACACAUAGAAUAUAUAAGUGUUCCCCCUCCUCUUGGAAAGAGUAAAACAAGAUGGCUUUGUAAUAUGUACUACGAUGAAAUUCUCGUGGGUAGUGCAGAAGGUGAAAACAAGCACCGAUCCAGGAUAGGUGCAGCCGACAGGGCUGUAUCCAUGUUAGAGAAUUUGAACUAUGCGGUGGUUAACGCGAACAAAGUGAGUGUGAUGGGAAGAAAUUACAGUAAAGAGCUAGUGCCCUUAGAUGAGGUCCAAGAUGGGAUCUCUAAUGAUAAUAUGACAGUCAGUGCCUUGGUCGACUCGACCUUCAAAAAAAAACAUGUACCCAUUGUGUUUGAAACCAGUGACAAUGUCCAAACGGUUGAUGGAGAAACUGGCUAUGUGUGCAGCACGACUAUCGGCGGUACAACUGUUGCUACGGGUAUUCACAUGGACAAGAGUAAAGCGAGACGUGCAUCUGCCGAUAUCGCCCUGGCAUUUUUGAGAGACAAAAGCUCCAAGAUGAAGGCAAACCUUGACAAGUUAAAGAAUGUUGUUAAUGAAUGCGAUAUCAAGGCAUCUGAUUUGGGUAUCAGACGUAAAAAUGAGGUGUCUGAUUCAAUCAAACCCAGUGAGGCAACUAAUUCUGUUACCAAACCCAGUGAGGCAUCUCAGUCUCUAAUCAAAUCUAGUAAGGGGCCCCAUAAUGUUAUUGAACCUAGUAAGGUGUGUCAUUCUGUUUCAGUCAACCCACCCAAAGAUGCAUUACAUGAGAAUUUGAUGCAAAAGACAUCUUCCAUCAAGGUUCAAGUCGGGAACUUGGAUAAUUUUAUCUUGAAGGAACCGUCUAGCCCAGCCCCUGCAGUCAGCAUCUUGAUUGACUCUGCAUUCAGUAAUAAUGUCCCCAUUGAGUUUAAACUUGACAGCGCCAAAAUGAUCAAUGGUGUAAAAGGCUUUAUGUGCAGCACCAUCGUCAAUGGUGUAAUCGUUGCUACUGGUACUCACAGGUUUACGGCACAAGCAAGGAAUGUGUCUGCCAAUAAUGCCUUGGCCCUUUUGAGAGACCAAAGCUCCUACAUAAAUGAAAGCCAUGACAACACACGGAAUGUUGGUAUUGAACCCGAAUCCAAGCCGUCUGAAUUUGUUGUUGCAGAGAACGUUGUCAAUGAACCCGAUUCCAAGGUGUCAGAUUUAGUUAUCAAACUUGAGAAUACGGCGUCUGAUUCUGUUGUUGCAGAGAAUGCUGUCAAUGCACCCGAUAUCAAGGCGUGUGAUUUUGUCUUCAAGUUUGAAAAUACAUCCUCUGAUCCCGUUACCGCAGCGAAUAUGGAGUCUGAUUCUGUUGUUCCAGAGAAUGUUUGUAUUGAAACUGAAAGCAAGGCAUCUGAUGUUGUCAAACUUGAAAACACAGCGUCUGAUUCAAUUGUCACAGAGAAUGUUGUCAAUAAACCAGAUAUCAAGGUGUCUGAUUUUGUCAUCAAACUUGAAAACAUGGUGUCUGAUUCUGUUGUUGCAGAGAGUGCUGGUAUUGAAUCCGAAGGCAAGGCAUCUGAUGUUGUGAUCAAACUCGAAAAUACAGCGUCUGAUUCUGUUACUGCAGAGAAUGCUGUCAUUGAGCCCGAUUCCAAGGCAUCUGAUUCUGUUACUGCAGAGAAUGCUGUCAUUGAGCCCGAUUCCAAGGCAUCUGAUUCUGUUACUGCAGAGAAUGCUGUCAUUGAACCCGAUUCCAAGGCAUCUGAUUCUGUUACUGCAGAGAAUGCUGUCAUUGAACCCGAUUCCAAGGCAUCUGAUUCUGUUACUGCAGAGAAUGCUGUCAUUGAGCCCGAUUCCAAGGCAUCUGAUGUUAAUAUCAAACUUGAAAACCCAGCAUCUGAUUUUGUUAUCAAAGAGAAUGCUGUCUAUGAACCCAAUUCCAAGGCACCGGAUUUAGUUAACAAACUUGAGGAUAUGGAGUCUGAUUCUAUUGUUUCUAUUGUUGGGGAGAAUACUGGAAGCAAGGUAUCUGAUGUUGCGAUCAAACUCAAAAAUACAGCGUCUGAUUCUGUUACCGCAGAGCAUGUUGUCACUGAACCUGAUAUCAAGGCAUUUGAUGUUGUUAUCAAACUUGAAAACACAGCAUCUGAUUCUGUUAUCAAAGACAACGUUGUUGCAGAACCUGAUUUCAAGGCAUUUGAUGCUGUUAUCAAACUUGAGAAUACGGCAUCUGAUUCAAUUGUUGCAGAGAAUGCUGUCAAUGAAACCGAUAUCAAGGCAUUUGAUGUUGUUAUCCAGCUUGAAAACACAGCGUCUGAUUCUGUUAUCAAAGAGAAUGUCGUUGCAGAGAAUACUGUCAAUGAACCCGAUAUCAAAGCGUCUGAUUUUAUUUUCAGACUUGAAAAGACGACAUCUGAUCCUGUUACUACACCUGAUCUAGCAUCUAAUGUUGUUGAUGUAGAGAAUACUGUUGAUUCCAAUUCCAAGGCGUCUGAUGUUAUCAAACUUGAAAAGAUGGUGUCUGAUUCUGUUGUCACAGUAGAGACUGUUGUCAUUAAACCCGAUUCCAAGGCGUCUGAUUUUGUUGUCGCAGAGAAUGCUGUUAAUGAACCUGAUACCAAAGUAACUGAUGUUGUUAUCAAGCUUGAAAAUAUGGCAUCUGAUCCUGUUAUCGCACCGGAUAUUGGUUCUGAUUCUGUUGUCGGAGAGAUAGCUGGUAUUGAGCACGAUGUCGAGGCAUCUGAUUUUGUCAUCAAACUUGAAAACCCAGCGUCUGAUUUUGUUACUGCAGAGUAUGCUGUCAUUGAACCCAAUUCCAAGGCAUCUGAUGUUGUUAUCAAACUUGAAAACCCAGCGUCUGAUUUUGUUGUCGCAGAGAAUGCUGUCAUUGAACCUGAUUCCAAGGCAUCUGAUUUUGUUGUCGCAGAGAAUGCUGUUAAUGAUUCUGAUUCGGAGGUGUCUGACUUUGUUAUCGAACUUGAAAAUAUGGCAUCUGAUCCUGUUAUCGCACCGGAAAUGGCAUCUGAUUUUGUUGUUGCAGAGAAUGCUGUUGAUUCCAAUUCCGAGGCGUCUGAUGUUGUUAUCAAACUUGAAAACACGGCGACUGACUCUGUUGUCACAGAGAAUGCUGUCACUGAACCUGAUUCCAAGGCAUCUGAUUUUGUUGUCGGAGAGGAUGCUGUUAAUGAUUCUGAUUUUGAGGUGUCUGACUUUGUUAUCGGAUUUGAAAAUACAGCGUCUGAUUCGCUUAUGACAUCUCAUUUUGUCCCAGUGAUUUCACCCGAGAAAAUAGACGAGCCUUUGAAGCAAAAAACAUCUCCCAUCACUGUUCAAAACCAUUCAGCUGUCGUACCCAGUAAGGCUUCUGAUUCAGAUAUCGAACCCAGUAAAGCGUCUCAUUCUGAUAUUGAACCCAGUAAGGCGUCUCAUUCUGAUAUCGAACCCAGUAAGGUGUCUCAUUCUGAUAUCGAACCCAGUAAGGCUUCUGAUUCAGAUAUCGAACCCAGUAAGGUGUCUCAUUCUGAAAUCGAACCCAGUAAGGCGUCUCAUUUUGCUGUCGUACCCAGUAAGGCGUCUCAUUCUGAUAUUGAACCCAGUAAGGCUUCUGAUUCAGAUAUCGAACCCAGUAAAGCGUCUCAUUCUGAUAUUGAACCCAGUAAGGUGUCUCAUUCUGAUAUUGAACCCAGUAAGGCAUCUCAUUCUGAAAUCGAACCCAGUAAGGCGUCUCAUUCUGAUAUCGAACCCAGUAAGGCGUCUCAUUCUGAAAUCGAACCCAGUAAGGCGUCUCAUUCUGAAAUCGAACCCAGUAAGGUGUCUCAUUCUGAUAUUGAACCCAGUAAGGCGUCUCAUUCUGAUAUUGAACCCAGUAAGGUGUCUCAUUCUGAUAUCGAACCCAGUAAAGCGUCUCAUUCUGAUAUCGAACCCAGUAAGGCGUCUCAUUCUGAUAUUGAACCCAGUAAGGCGUCUCAUUCUGAAAUCGAACCCAGUAAGGCGUCUCAUUCUGAUAUCGAACCCAGUAAGGCGUCUCAUUCUGAUAUUGAACCCAGUAAGGCGUCUCAUUCUGAUAUCGAACCCAGUAAGGCGUCUCAUUCUGAUAUUGAACCCAGUAAGGCGUCUCAUUCUGAUAUUGAACCCAGUAAGGUGUCUCAUUCUGAUAUCGAACCCAGUAAGGUGUCUCAUUCUGAUAUUGAACCCAGUAAGGCGUCUCAUUCUGAUAUUGAACCCAGUAAGGUGUCUCAUUCUGAUAUCGAACCCAGUAAAGCGUCUCAUUCUGAUAUCGAACCCAGUAAGGUGUCUCAUUCUGAUAUUGAACCCAGUAAGGCGUCUCAUUCUGAUAUUGAACCCAGUAAGGUGUCUCAUUCUGAUAUCGAACCCAGUAAGGUGUCUCAUUCUGAUAUCGAACCCAGUAAGGUGUCUCAUUCUGAUAUUGAACCCAGUAAGGCGUCUCAUUCUGAUAUUGAACCCAGUAAAGCGUCUCAUUCUGAUAUCGAACCCAGUAAGGCGUCUCAUUUUGCUGCCGUACCCAGUAAGGCGUCUCAUUCUGAUAUUGAACCCAGUAGAGCGCCUCAUUCUGAUAUCGAACCCAGUAAGGCGUCUCAUUCUGAUAUUGAACCCAGUAGAGCGCCUCAUUCUGAUAUUGAACCCAGUAAGGUGUCUCAUUCUGAUAUCGAACCCAGUAAGGCGUCUCAUUCUGAUAUCGAACCCAGUAGAGCGCCUCAUUCUGAUAUUGAACCCAGUAAGGUGUCUCAUUCUGAUAUCGAACCCAGUAAGGCGUCUGAUUGUGACAUCGUACCCAGAAAGGCGUCUCAUUCUGUUAUCGUACCCAGUAAAGCGUCUCAUUCUGAUAUUGAACCGUGUAAGGCAUCUUAUUCUGAUAUCGAACCCAGUAAGGCAUCUCAUUCUGUUGUUGAAACCAUACGGGCAUUUGAGUCUGUUCCAGUUAACCCAUCCAUAGAUGCAUUACAUGAGAAUUUGAAGCAAAAGUCAUCUCCCAUCAAUAUCCAAAACCAGGUCUUAGAUGAUUUUACCUUGUUUGAACCUUCUACUCCUUCACCCUCAGCCAGCAUCUUGAUUGACUCGGCAUUAAUUAACGACGUCUCCAUUGAGUUUGAAUCCGAUGGCUUUGUGUGCAGCACCAUCAUUAACGGUACAACUGUUGCUACCGGUAUUCACAUGAACAAGAGAGAAGCAAGGAAUGUGUCUGCAGAUAAUGCCCUGGCCUUAUUGAGACAACACAGCUCAAACCUGAAGAGAAAAUCUAACGACACACAGAAAGUUAUUAAGCCCAAUAGUGAGGCGUCUGAUUCUUCCGUGUUUUCACCCAUGAUAACAGAUGAUCAGAAGAAAGAAAAGACGCCCCCGAUCAACGUCUUAAACAGCAUCUUGGAUAAUUUUGUCUUAAUUGAACCGCUUGUCCGUUCCCCCGCAGUCAGCAUCUUGGUUAACACAGCGUUAAAAAACAAGGUCCCCAUUGAGUUUGAAACUGUCUAUACGUGCAGCACCAUCAUUGAUGGUACAACUGUUGCUACCGGUACUCACGUGGACAAGACACAAGCAAGAAAUGUGUCUGCCAAUAAUGCCCUUGCCUUAUUAAGACACCACAGCUCACACAUGAAGAGAAGACUUAACAACACACAGAAAGUUAUUGAAACCAAUAGUGAGGCGUCUGAUUCUUCCUCAUUUUCAUCCAAGAAAACAAAUCAACGAUUGAAGCGAAAGUCUCUACCCACCAAUGUCAUAAACAGCAUCUCAAAUAAUUUCAUCUUGGUCGAACCGUCUACCCCGUCCCCAGCAGUCAGCAUCUUGGUCAACUCAGCGUUUAGUAACAACGCCCCCAUUGAAUUUGUUACUAGCGACGAUUUCACAACGGUUGAUGGAGAAACUGGCUAUGUGUGCAGCACGACUAUCGAUGGAACAACUGUUGCUACGGGUAUUCACAUUGACAAGAGUAAAGCGAGGAAUGUGUCUGCAGAUAAUGCCCUGGCCUUUUUGAGACACCGAAGCUCCCACAAGAGGAAAAAACCUGACAGUACACAGAAUGUUUACAAACCCAGUAAGGUGUUCCAUUCUGUUUUUGGACCCAUGAAGAAGGCAUCUCAUUAUUCUUUAAUCAACAAACGCAGUAAGGUCCAUUCUGUUCUUGAACCCAAGAAGGCGUCUUAUUUUGGUCCACCAAAUCCACCCAAAAAGGCCACAAAUGAGAAUUCAAAGCAAAAGACAUCUCCCAUCAUGACCCAAACUGGAACCUUGGAUAAUUUCUCCUUGGUUGAACCAUCUACCCCAUCCCCUGCAGUCAGCAUUUUGGUCAACUCGUCAUUCAGUAACAACGUCCCCAUUGAAUUUGUAACGAGCGACAAUUUCAGAACGGUGGAUGGUGAAACUGGCUUUGUGUGCAGCACCAUCAUUAACGGUACAACUGUUGCUACGGGUAUUCACGCAAACAAGAGAGAAGCAAGGAAUGUGUCUGCAGAUAAUGCCUUGGUCUUUUUGAGAGGACAAAGCUGCAACAUGAAGAAAAACCCUGACAGUACACAGAAUGUUAUCAAACCAUGUAUUAAGGUGCCUCAUUCUGUUAUUGAACCCAGUAAGGCAACUCAUUCUGUUAUUGAACCCAGUAAGGCAACUCAUUCUGUUAUUGAACCCAGUAAGGCGUCUCAUUCUGUUCCAGUAAACCCACCAGAUAAGGCCAUAAAUGAGAAUUUGGAGCAAAAGGUGUCUCCCAUCAUUAUCCAAAAUGGGAUCUUGGAUAAUUUCACCUUGAUGGAACCCGCUAACCCAGACCCUUCAGUCAGCAUCUUGGUCAACUCGGCAUUCAAAAACAAUGUUCCCAUUAAGUUUGUAACUAGUAACAAUUUCGUGACAGUGGAUGGUGAAACUGGCUAUGUGUGCAGCACCAUCAUUGAUGGUACAACUGUUGCUACGGGUAUUCACAUAAACAAGAGAGAAGCUAGGAAUGUGUCUGCAGAUAAUGCCCUGGCCUUAUUAAGAGGAAAAAUCUCCAACCUGAAGAAAAACCUUGACAGUACACAGAAUGUUAUCCAACCAAGUCGGGGGUCUCAUUCUGUUAUUGAACCUAGUACAGUAAACCCACCCAAAAUGUCCAUGAAGGAGAAUUCGAAGCAAAAGACGUCUACUGUCUUUAUCCAAAACCAGGUCUUGGAAAAUUUUACCCUGGUGGAACCGCCUAACCCAGCCCCUCCAGUCAGCAUCUUGAUCGACUCUGCAUUCAAAAACCACGUCCCAAUUGAGUUUGAAAUUAGCGAUAACAUCAUAACAUUUGACGGAGAAACUAUGUAUGUGUGCAAAACCAUCAUCAACGGCAUAACCAUAGCAACUGGGAUUCACACGGACAUCAGAGAAGUGAAAAAUGUGUCUGCAAAUUAUGCCCUAGCCUUGCUGAGAGACCAAAGCUUGAACCCGAAGAAAACCCCGGACAACACACGGAAUGUUGCGACUGAACUUGAUGAUAAGGCUUCUGGCUCUGUUACGAAAACCGGUAAAACAAAGAUCGGUCCAGUUAAUCCAUCGAAAAAUGUUAAGUACCCCCCGAUUAAGGAAACCAAUGUUGGUUACAAGAUGCUCAGACAGAUGGGAUGGGAAGGCGGAGCACUGCAGAAAGAUGGCAUUGUAGAUCCCAUACAGGCCAGCUUGAAAUUCAGUCGUGGGGGUCUCGGCUUCGUCGACCCGAAGCCAAAGUUUAGCAAGCCCCUUAAGCCGAAGGUUAGCCAACCCCCGAACCCUAAAGUUACUCAGCCCCCGAAGCCAAAGGUUACCCAGCCCCUGAACCCGAGCCCGAAGCUUAGCAAAAAGAAACAAAGAGCACUGAAAAGACGAAUGAAAAAACACAGGCGGUAUGAAAGAUUAAAAUUAGUGCAAGAGAAUGCCUUCAAUCAAGAUGAUAGAACGGAUGAAGAAAUGUGCUAUGAAGAAAUAUACCAUGAAGAAAUAAGGGAUGAAGAAGUAUGGGAUGUUGAAAGACCCCAUACAUUUGAGUUACAGAAUUUGGUGCCAGUAAUAGAGGCAUUGUACCCGAAAUUUGCAUAUGACUGAGGACAAUGAACGAAGACUUUGAGAGUUGUGCGUUUAAACACCCCAAACAUUUGAGUUACAGUAACUUGGUUCUGGGCUUUGCAAAUGCCUGAGUUUGUUUGAAUGAUGACCCUAUCAUUAUUGUCUGAGACUUAUGCGUGACAUGCUUAUAUGUUUCCGUUGUUUGACCGUGGCGUUGGCAACUAAUGCAAAAGUGUCUGUAGCAAACCCCUUCCACAUCUACCAAUACUACCUGAAUUUGUAGAUGUUUACUGAAAAUAGCUUUUUAUGUUUAGAUGAACAAAUCUGAGAUCUUCCUGAAUAUAACGUUUUCCAUAUUAUAUUGAAUGCAAAUCAAAGAAAUUUCUCUAAUUGUUGUACAAAAUCUACCUAAAGCUUAAGCAGCUAAUAUUGCUUAGAAAUUUUUUGUUGCUUAGCAGGAUGAAACCAGUCACAAUUGUACUUGUGGAAUGGUAUUUUGGUUGAUAACCGUAUUCUGCUUAGUGUAAUUUUAUUGUGCUAAGCUCCUUUGUGUGUUUAAGCAACUCUAUGAAAUUAGGCUAUGAUUGCAAGAUGCAAAUGUUGGCAUCUCUGCCCUUCAUGUUUCAGUGUUAUGACUUGUAUACAGAAUAUUUAUAGUUGAUUCCUGCUACUACAUGGGGCCAAUUUCAUAAAGCUGUUCAGCAGACAUUACUGCUCAGCCAUUUUCUUUGCUAACCAAAAAUUUAACUUAAAGACACUGGACACUAUUGGUAAGUGUCAAAGACGGAGACCAGUCUUCUCAC